GCCGCCGUCGCCGCCAUGGCUCCGCACCGCUCCGCGCCAGCCCUGCUCCGCGCGCUGCUCUUGGCGCUGUGCGCGCUGUCGCCGCGGGUCCGCGCGGCCACCGCGUCGCGGGGGGCGGCCCAGGCGCAGGCGCCCCAGGGGCAGGCGUCCCAGGCACGGCCCAGCAGCAUGGUGGUGGAACACCCCGAGUUCCUCAAGGCAGGGAAGGAGCCCGGCCUGCAGAUCUGGCGUGUGGAGAAGUUUGACCUGGUGCCCGUGCCCCCCAACCUCUACGGAGACUUCUUCACAGGUGACGCCUAUGUCAUCCUGAAGACUGUGCAGCUGAGGAAUGGGAAUCUGCAGUAUGACCUCCACUACUGGCUGGGCAACGAGUGUAGCCAGGACGAAAGUGGGGCGGCCGCCAUCUUCACGGUGCAGCUGGAUGACUACCUGAAUGGCCGGGCUGUGCAGCACCGAGAGGUCCAGGGCUUUGAGUCAGCCACCUUCCUCGGCUAUUUCAAGUCUGGCCUGAAGUACAAGAAAGGUGGUGUGGCAUCAGGAUUCAAGCAUGUGGUACCCAAUGAAGUGGUGGUGCAGAGACUCUUCCAAGUCAAAGGACGGCGUGUGAUCCGUGCCACCGAGGUGCCUGUGUCCUGGGACAGCUUCAACAAUGGUGACUGCUUCAUCUUGGAUCUGGGCAACAACAUCUACCAGUGGUGUGGUUCCAACAGCAACCGCUAUGAGAAGCUGAAGGCCACACUGGUGUCCAGGGGUAUCCGCGACAAUGAGCGAAGUGGCCGUGCCCGAGUAUAUGUAUCCGAGGAAGGUGCCGAGCCCGAAGCCAUGCUCCAGGUGCUGGGCCCCAAGCCAGCUCUGCCCGAAGGUACUGAGGACACAAUCAAGGUGGAUGCUGCCAACCGCAAGCUGGCCAAGCUAUACAAGGUCUCCAACGGAGCAGGCAGCAUGACGGUCUCCCUCGUGGCUGAUGAGAACCCCUUCGCCCAGGGGGCCCUGAGGUCAGAGGACUGCUUCAUCCUGGACCACGGCAAGGAUGGGAAAAUCUUUGUCUGGAAAGGCAAACAGGCCAACACAGAGGAGAGGAAGGCUGCCCUCAAAACGGCCUCUGACUUCAUCUCCAAGAUGCAAUACCCCAAGCAGACCCAGGUUUCAGUCCUUCCCGAAGGUGGCGAGACCCCACUGUUCAAGCAGUUCUUCAAGAACUGGCGUGACCCAGACCAGACCGAUGGCCCAGGCUUGGCCUAUCUCUCCAGCCACAUUGCCAACGUGGAGCGUGUACCCUUCGAUGCUGCCACACUGCACACCUCCACCGCCAUGGCCGCCCAGCACGCCAUGGAUGACGAUGGCACCGGCCAGAAACAGAUCUGGAGAAUCGAAGGCUCCAACAAAGUGCCUGUGGACCCUGCCACGUACGGGCAGUUCUACGGAGGUGACAGCUACAUUAUUCUGUACAACUAUCGCCAUGGUGGCCGCCAGGGACAGAUCAUCUACACCUGGCAGGGCGCCCAGUCUACCCAGGAUGAGGUCGCUGCGUCUGCUAUCCUCUCUGCUCAGCUGGAUGAGGAACUGGGAGGAACCCCUGUCCAGAGCCGUGUGGUCCAGGGCAAGGAGCCUGCUCAUCUCAUGAGCUUGUUUGGCGGGAAGCCCAUGAUCAUCUACAAGGGCGGUACCUCCCGCGAAGGUGGGCAGACUGCCCCUGCCAGUACUCGCCUCUUCCAGGUCCGGUCCAGCAGCUCUGGAGCCACUCGGGCUGUUGAGGUAAUGCCCAAGGCUGGUGCUCUGAACUCCAACGACGCCUUUGUCCUGAAAACCCCCUCAGCUGCCUACCUGUGGGUGGGUGCAGGAGCCAGUGAAGCCGAAAAGACGGGGGCCCAGGAGCUGCUGAAGGUGCUGCAGGCCCAGCCUGUGCAGGUGGCAGAAGGCAGUGAGCCAGACAGCUUCUGGGAGGCCCUGGGCGGAAAGGCUGCCUACCGCACGUCCCCACGGCUGAAGGACAAGAAGAUGGAUGCCCACCCUCCUCGCCUCUUUGCCUGCUCCAACAAGAUCGGCCGCUUUGUGAUCGAAGAGGUCCCUGGUGAACUCAUGCAGGAAGAUCUGGCUACCGAUGACGUCAUGCUCCUGGACACCUGGGACCAGGUCUUUGUCUGGGUUGGAAAGGAUUCCCAAGAAGAGGAAAAGACGGAAGCCUUGACAUCUGCUAAGCGGUACAUCGAGACGGACCCUGCUAAUCGGGACAGGCGGACCCCCAUCGUUGUUGUGAAGCAAGGCUUCGAGCCCCCCUCCUUUGUGGGCUGGUUCCUCGGCUGGGAUGACGACUACUGGUCUGUGGACCCCUUGGACAGGGCCCUGGCUGAGCUGGCUGCCUGAGGAGCAACAAGACCCACCGGGGUCACUAUUCAGUGCCUUUUAGAACUGUCUGUCUCCCCAAGUGAUCUUCCGGCGAGCCAGAUGUGUGUGCGUGUGGGGUUUUUUUUUUUUUUUCUUUUCCUUUCUUUCUUUUUUUUACAGUAGACAAAAACAGCCCUGCAAAAUCUCAGGGUUCUUGCAGAAUUUCCUCAAAUAUCUGCGCUUUGAAAAUUGAAUUCAAUAAAAGCUUUUUGAAGUGUGUUAA